ACAGGUAUAAAAUUAUCAUUUAUCUAAUUGAUAACAUUAUAAAGAUUAAUAACGUUUUAUCAUUGGUUAGUGUAGAAUUUUGGUGAAAUAUUAGAGUUAAUAGAUCCACUUGAAUAUAAUCUGAGUUUUCCUGAUAAGACUGCCAAAUAUAUAAAAGCAAGCUAUAACCGAUAUUCAACAGUAAGCUUGUGUCGAGUUUCCUGUAAGAAUUCGUUCUGAUCAAACACACUCAUUUCAAGAAAUGGCAUCACAACAUCUCUUGCUCUUGGCCUUGUUUGCUGCAUGUCUGGCAGUGACGCUUGCUGCGCCCAAACACGUAAUAAUCGGAAUUAGAGAGCCCGGCGAUGACUUUUUACAAAGAGAAUUCGUGGUGAAGAAAUCUCAGUGGCUGCAAGUCGUCAAGGUUACGAAAACCUAUUUAGCUCAAAGUAAUGCAAAAAUUACUCAAGUCAGACUUUUAGAUCAGAAUAAAAAAGGCAAAGGAGCCACUGCGACAGUGAUCAGCGGUGGACCAGGAAGUACGUACAUCACGGUGCGGUUUAAAAGUGUUAGGUCUCACAGUGUGGAUUUUGUAGUAGAGAUUUUCGGAAAAAAAUAAUGAGAAUGUAAGACUUUUUUAAAAAUUUUUUAAAAUCAUUUGGAUUAAUCUAUGAAGUCAUGCAAUUAUAUACAAAUUACAGCUAAUUUGAUGUCAGCUUUUGUAAUUUAAUGAAAUUUUUCUGCAAAAUAAAAUGGUUCUAUUUACUUCCUUA